CGGACUUUACGAAACCUUCGGGGAAUGUCACUGAACGUCACGAACUUCAAAAACGUCUUUCGCCGACAUGGUUAUGUUUGCGAGUCAAUUAAUUUCGCCGAUCUCGCGAUCGGUCAGGGGCAAGUUAAUAAGCAUUAGGCGAAUGAGUGCAGCAACUAAUACCGAUUGCGCAAAAUCUCUACUGUACAAAGAGUACGGCGAACCUGUCGAUGUUCUCCAGAUAACGACGCAAACGAUCGAGCAACCAGCAAGUGAUCAAGUGUCUGUAAAAUGGUUACUAGCUCCGAUAAACCCGGCUGACAUAAACACGAUACAAGGAAAAUAUCCUAGCAGGCCCGCACUGCCAGCGGUGCCGGGAAACGAAGGAGUUGGUGAGGUAGUAGCGGUUGGUUCUGGCGUACGAAAUUUGGGCGUAGGUGAUAAGGUGCUACCUAACGGUCCUAAUUUCGGUACCUGGAGAACGCGAGCCAAUUACGAGUCCAAGGAUGUUAUGAGAAUACCAAACGAUAUCGGUCUAGUUGAGGCGAGUAUGAUGAACGUGAAUCCGUGCACAGCGUACAGGAUGCUGAAGGAUUUUGUUCCACUGAAGUCUGGAGACACCGUGAUACAAAACGGCGGCAAUUCCGCCGUUGGUCAGCUAGUCAUACAGUUGUGCAAGAUAUGGAAUUACAAGUCCGUCAGUGUUGUUAGAGAUAGGCCGAAUAUACAGGAGUUAAAGGAUCAACUGAUGAGUUUGGGAGCAGAUGAAGUGCUGACCGAGGAAGAGGUGCGAAAGACGCAGCUGUUUAAAAGUAAAAAGUUGCCAGCGCCCAAAUUGGCCCUCAACUGCAUCUGUGGACAAAGUGCAGUUGAAAUAAUGAGACAUCUCGGUCAUGGUGGUGUCGUGGUGACUUACGGCGGCAUGUCCAGGGAGCCGUUGACCGUACCAGCGUCUGCGCUCAUCUUUAAAGACAUAUCGUUAAAGGGAUUUUGGAUGACAGCCUGGACAAAAUUAAACACGGAAUCUCAGGAGAGGGCGAAGAUGUUUGAGGAUUUAGCGGCUUUCUUCAGGAAUAAGACUCUGCAAUCGCCGCCGCAUAAAUUAGUGCCUUUCUGCGAUUAUCAAGAAGCUGUUGCGAAGGCGCUCAGUUUCGAUGGUCGGACGGGCGUGAAGUACAUUUUGGAUUUAACGAAGUCUUAAAAGAGUGAUCUUCUCGUGUGAGAAAACUUUGGGAACUCCGGUUAGUGCAUUUAGUGUUACUACAACGGGAUUCUGUAGUACGCGCGUGCCCGGAAUGUAUUAUAUUUCGUGUACAAAAUUUACGUGCAUUUUGUAAGAUGGAGAAGUUGUUUCUUUUUUUGUAUGUAACAGAGUUUUAUUUGUAACAGAGAUUUAUGUCGGUGUACAAAUAUGCAGGAAAAAUAUCUGAAAAAAA